GACGCGUCUUUGCUAAAGUUUUCAUUCUUUUGUUGUGCAUCACCGAGUGUAGUUGUGCGUUUUGUCGUCUUUUUUGUAAAUUUCGACGUUGUUUCCUAAUACAUACUUUACUUGCAUACAUAAAUAAAAUGCCACAUAAAUGUGCCAUUGCAGACUGCAUGCGUAAAGCAGGAGAUGCUGGAGUAAUAUUGUUUUCGUUACCGAAAAAUCCUGCUAUCCGAGACAAGUGGCUCCAAUUUGCAAACAUUGAUGCCACAGAAAAUAGGAGCAUACGUAUAUGCAAUCUUCAUUUUAAAGAUAGUGAUAUAUGGAAAAGGUAUCCAAGGCCUCUUUUGAGACUGAACAGUGUACCUUGCUUCAAGAAAUCAAAAAAUAAGCUUGACAAUAAAGAAAGCAUCAUGAAUGUUUUAAGCAUACCUAAUAUGCUGGAGAGCGUAAGACAGGAAGAGGAAAGCAAUAUGGAAUCUAGCUGCUCAACUCAUGGUAUGACAUGUGCUCCAUGGACUUCAAUCACAAGUAGGCGUCGUGUAUCAUCGUCUCAGUGUUUUUCGCCAAAAACCACGAGACUUUUAAGAUUUAAACAUAUUACACACAAUCUACGCAGCAAGUGCAACAGAUUAAGGCAGAAGCAGCUAAAGGAGAAGGAAAGAAACCAAGUACCAAGUACCAAGUACAAUUGCUAAAAGAAGCAUCACGGGCUCUUUCCACUGAUGCGCAGACGUUAAUAUUAUCACAGAUAAAGCUAAGAAACGUUAGUAAAUAUGGACGAAGGUACGACGAUAGGUUAAAAGAUUUUGUUCUAUCCAUAUACUAUCAUUCUCCUAAAGCGUACAGAUUUCUGAGGAAGUCUUUAUAUUUGCCGACAAUACGGACUUUACGUUCAUAUCAACAAACAUUUCAUAUUUACCCCGGUGUAAAUAUGCAAGUAUUAAACAUGUUAAAAGCCAAAUUUUUGACUUAUGCUGUCGAAGACAAAGUAGUCUCGCUGGUUUUCGAUGAAAUCCAUUUAUAUAAUGAAGUAUACUAUGAUCCACAUAUGGAUCAAUUUCGUGGUGUGGCUGAUGACGGAGAUACAAGGCAGCCGGAAUGCGCGAUAUCUGCGUUAACAUGCAUGAUCAAAUGGAUCAAUAAAAAUGCAAAACAGACAUUAGGGUAUUGGUUUUUGUCUAGUGCAGGAAAUUUUGAUAAAACCCAGAAUAUAAUUCAGAAAACAGUCGCAAAAGUAUGGGAAAUGCGUUUAAUACCGAAAGUAAUUGUCUUCGACCAAGGACCCCGGAAUGUUGGAUUACUUAAAAGUUUAAAUAUAACCCCCCAAAAGCCAUAUUUUUAUUACAAGUCUGAGAAAAUUUUUAUCAUAUUUGACCCUCCCCAUUUAUUAAAAUCAGUUAGAAAUAAUUUUAAUAAAAGUGACAUUGAAUAUAAUGGAAAAAUAGCAAGUUGGGGGGAUAUCUAAAAAAUGUUUGCAUUAAAUUCAAAAAGGCCUCUAAAUUUGGUACCAAAUUUCGCCAAAAUCGCCACUUUGAGUUGAUUCAUUUUACCAAAAUGAAAGUUUCGUUAGCGGCAUAAAUAUUUAGUGAAGCUGCGUACACGGCACUACUAUGUUAUAAAGCUAUUUUUCCCAAUGAAUUUCCGUCGGAAAAUAGCGAUACGGAAGAAUUUAUUUUAGAUAUGGACAGAUUAUUCGAUUCAUGCAAUAGUUUAUUACAAGACAAAACGACAAGAAAGAAAAAGAAUUUCGCAAUAUCCAAUAAUAGUGGGCACAAUAUAUUUCUGGAAGAUAUACUAAAAAAAUUAGAAUCCAUUAGAUUUUUGAAUAUGAAAGUACCACCGUGUAUAAAAGGAUGGAUUUUAACGAUAAAUAGUAUUAUACAACUUUCUAACAAAUUACAAAGCCAAUAUAACAUACAGUACUUAAAAACACGACGUUUAAAUCAAGAUAGUUUGGAAAAUUUUUUUGCCACGAUAAGGCAACAACACGGUUGUUCAACUAAUCCUUCCCCUCAACAAUUUGAAAAUGGUCUAAAACACGUACUAAUUACUCAAUUAUCAAAAAUUUCAUCGAUAACAAAUUGUAACGACGAUUUUCAGUCGUUUUGCUCAAAAUUAAGCGAAAUACAUCAUUUUAAAAGUGAUAAUUUACCAGAUAUACCAGAAACCAUUCCAAAUACACACAAUACAGAAACAAUAUAUAUACCAGAAACCACUCCAAGUGAUGGACGUAGUAUUGAAGACGUUGAGUCAUUUGGAGAAGAUAAUGCAAUUUAUUAUAUAACGGGAUUCCUGUGCAAGAAGUUUUUAAAUACUGUAAAUUGCGAAUCGUGUAAAAGUAUAUUAAUAGAUUCAGAGGACUCUUCAUUCGCUGAAUACAAAUUAUUUGCUACGUUAAAAAAUAACUGCAAUACUGCAGGUUUAAUAUGUUACGAGCCAGAGCGAUAGCGACGCGCGUGUAAGCCCAGCGAGUGGGGUAGAUUUGAGAAUUGAACCAAUACGAUUAAUUAUUGUGUAUCAAUGGUGCCGAAGGCUGAGGAUAGAUUAGACAAUGCAGACGACUCUGACGUGAAGUUAGAUAGUUGCAGGAAUCGGUAUCUACCAGUAAAGGGUAAUCGUAGGUUAGGGUGUUUGGUUGUUGGUUAUUGGAGACAAAUGCAGACGCUUUGGACGUUAAGUCAGAUAGCUGCAGGAAUCGGUAUCUCCCAGUUAAGGGUAACCGUAGGGUAAGGUUCCAAUUGUGAAGUUGUUGGAAAAGUGCAGCGACUCUGGCGCGAAGUCAGAUAGCUAGCAGGAUCGGUAUCUCCCAGUAAAGGGUAACCGCAGGAUAGGUUGAAUUAGGGAAUUCGGGUUGAAUACACUGAGCUUAAAUCGUAUCGUUGAUGAAUACUACGCGUCGCGGAUAAAGCCUCGCAACUUAUUAAUUUAAUUGAAUAAUAACUCGAGCGGCAAAGUUAUUAUGUUGUGGGAUCGUUACACAGGCUAGGAUUGCUUGUUAUAUCGUGAAGGUUUAGUAAUUGACUUAGGAAACUUUGAAUUUACACAAAAAGAAUAUAUAUUCAGAAUAACUAUACUAAGUUACAAAUGUGCAGUGUUGUGUUGUCGCGGUCGUGUGUAGUAAACGUUGA